GCUCGAGUGAGGAGGCCAAGAAGGAGGAGGCUCUCUCGCAUAGGUAACCACCGUCAACAGUAUCGAGAGUAACCCCAGGGUGAUGUCGACGACACGUGACGUUGGCAAAUCUCUCGUCUCGCCGGGCCACAGCACACGAGCACGACGCUCCGAGGAGUUCUCGCGCUCGCCACUUUAUUAGUCUAGCGCGGACCAUCGCAAACCCUUGCCUGCCUGCCUGGCUGCCUGGCUGCCUGGCUGCCUGGUUGCCUGCCCGACUGCCUGACUGUCUUGUCCGACUCGCUGGGCCCCGCGUUCCCGUAUCCUCGCUCGGCCGCGUCCACCCGGCGACUCAUAGACCCGCUCGUCCCGCCAAACAAUACCAUUCGCGCCUCUUCGACUCCGACUCCUGUUGCUCUUUCGUGUCUUCGCGCUCCAAUCAGUGCCAAUAUCGGCCGCGUCCGCGUAAGUGCGACGUCCACUCCGCGUUCACCCCCAGUGGUCCCAGUGAGAUCAGUUGUUCAGUUCCGGUUACGUGAUCCUCCGAUCGUUCUCCAGAAGGCCUGCUUUCUCAACCCUCGCGGGUCAACGGAGAAAACGGCGCCGCCUCUACCUACCGAGGCAGACUCGCGAGUGAAUCUGUGAAUCGUAGAGCAGUUGUACCAGAGGAAAGAGAAACAAAAGAGAAAGAUUAGCUAUUGGGAUCAGAAUUAGAAGCAAGGAGCUUUGGCGACGGGAUGACCCGUCGCCGCAUCUAGUAUCGGUGGUUGUGUCAUGUGCUAUAGAAUCUCGGUGCCACUUUCUCUGGAUAUCUGCAAGAGACAGCGAAGCCAACCCCAGCUACUACGUCGUCCCCAAGAGAAUCGGCAUCGGAGGCGGAAUCGAAGUUGGGAUCGGCAACUCUCCUCGAAGGAGGUAAAGCAAAAGGAAAAGCAGGCACGAGGAAGGUCGAAGGGUGUCGAUCCGAGUCCUACGACAAGUUGAAAAGAUGCUGGCGCUCGCGAUGCGACGCGAACACACGACUGGACGCAGCAAUUACGAUCCUGCGAAUCCUCUCGCGGGCUUCGAGCAUCUCCAGCAGAAUCCGUUUUCCGGCAUCCAGCCUACGGAGGGACGCGUGCGCGAGGGUGCAGCCGCACCUGACGGCGAGGGCGAACUUCAGGAGUUUGUGGACAUAGCUCAAGUCCAACAGCUCCUGCAACAGCAGCAACAGCAGCAGCAGCAGCAGCAACAUCAGCAGCAGCAGCAACACCAGCAGCACCAGGCGUCAACCGGAGCCUCGGCGGCUUCCUGUAUAUGGGGUGCCGUCUAUCCACCUCCUCCACCGCCAAUUGGCUACCCCCAUCAUCAUCACCAUCACCAUCAUCACCAUCCGCCACCACCGACAGGCGAGGAAACGUGCGCGGCCGAGGACGCUCCAGGAGACCAGCUCCAGAGGAUGACGAUGGACGGGAUGGAAGUGGUGGGCUCGCAGCCACACGCGGCCGCCACCAGCCCCUUCUUGCUCUCGUCGCCGCCCCUCGGUCAUCACCAUCACCAUCAUCAUCACCAUCACGCGACCUUCAACCUUCAGACGGUCCAACUAAGCUUCGACGCCUGCCUCACCUACGCCUCCGCGUCUUCCGGUGGGGCUGCAUCCCCAGCCGCGACGACAUCCUCAACGUCUACAGGGUCAAACAAACCCGUGCCCUCGCUCUCUCUCGUCUCGUGCGCUCCGCUGCAUCCUCAGCAUCAGCAGGCGUCCACCGGAGACUCUCCGAAUCAUCAUCAUCAUCAGCCUAGACACCAUCAGCAUCAUCAUCAUCAUCGACUCGACGAGCAUCAUCGGCACGCCGAGACGCCCUCUUCCCCCGGUGAUCCCACCAACAAUUCCUCGUCGGUCGUCGCCUGCACCGAUAUCAAGGGCCACCAGGAACACGACGACGACCAGGACUGCUCAAGGAAUUGUCACGAGGAUCUUCAGGAUGUCUCCGAGAAGGAUAAGCCUGGUGACCUCAACACCCCCGUCACCACGAGCAGCGACCUACCCUCCUUCUUCGGGCCCUCGGCUCUCGUCGAACCACCACCGAUCUCAGGCAGUCUUGCAGGUGAUGAUCUCUCGCUCGAGGAGGCAGCCGCUGAAGAGGAUGAGAGUGCAGCCUCGGCAUCCAACAGGGAUCAUCAUCAUCAUCACCAUCAACAGCAGCAGCAGCAGCAGCAGCAUCAAGACGGCCAAGAUGGAUCUAAUGCUCCUACCUCAGGCAGUCCCCCCCGACAUCAUACCCAGGAACAAGAGGAUCGGUGCAACGUGCUGCAGGGUGGAGUGAUCCUCUAUUCCGCGCCGCAUUCCGCUACUUCCGUCUCGUCCUCCGCACCAGCCACUAGCGUCAAUAUAUGUAACGUACCGACGCUCACCUACAGAGGCGUCUUCACAACGACCUGUACCCAGUCCUCGCCUCUGAAUAGCCUCCAGUCUCAACAGCAGUCCAGCAGCCAGGAGCUCUGGAGUUCGCUACCCUCGCCGACCCUGACCUUACCAGGACAACCCUUCCUACACCCUUCGCUGCACUCGGCUCCCUACGGCGGCGAGACGGUAGAACUUCUCCAGGUCGAAUCGAAACCGCCACCACCCCCGCCUGGGUACCACGAUACCCCCUCAUCGACCCCCACCACUUGGUUGACCGCGCACGAGGAGACCUAUGACCCCGGCCUCCUCACUCAUCACCAUCCCCAUCAUCACCACCAGGAGACCACUCUCAAGCAGGAGCCAACCGCGACGACCGGAUACACGGCCAAUGUCCAACAGCAGCAGCAGCAACAGCAACAACCUCAGCAGCAGCAACCUCAGCAGCAACCUACCCCUAGCGGCACCCUCGGAGUUCAACUCGCCGAAUACAAUCCCAGCACCUCGAAAGGCCACGAGAUUCUCACUCAGGUGUACCAACAGUCAGCUCUGCCACUGAGGCUGGUACCCGUUAAACCACGAAAGUAUCCCAACCGGCCUAGCAAGACUCCAGUUCACGAGCGACCCUACGCCUGCCCGGUAGAUGGCUGCGAUAGGCGCUUCUCGAGAAGCGACGAGCUCACGCGACACAUUCGCAUCCACACGGGUCAGAAGCCGUUCCAGUGUCGCAUCUGCAUGCGCUCCUUCUCUAGGAGCGAUCAUCUGACGACCCACGUGCGCACCCACACUGGCGAAAAACCCUUCUGCUGCGACCAGUGCGGCCGAAAGUUCGCAAGGAGCGACGAGAAGAAGCGACACGCCAAGGUCCACCUGAAGCAAAGGUUAAAGCGCGAGGCGACCGGGGCCCAUUCGAACCCCCGCGCGAAUCAUCCCCAGAGUCAUGCGGCGUCACCGUGCAAUCAAUAGGAUGCCCGAGGCGGGUCAGCUUAAUUCUGAACACCUUGAACAUCGUCAGGAUCAUCCUCCCCGACGCUGAUAGGACGACGGAGACCUUCCGACGGAGAACGAACCGUCACCGACUGAUUCGUCAUCGAUCGUCGUCGUCGGCGGCGAUAAGAUCGGGCGAUACCACGCCCAUCGAUCCAGGAUGGACGUUGGCGUCACGAUCACGACUAACCUACUACCCCUUUCGACGCAGCCACCCCCCCCCGGAGCGUCAUCGGUCAACUGUACUCGCUGGCUCGCACUAUAGGAGUCACUGCGAAUCGAUAGCGCGUUGAUGAAAGGGGGGCACCUCCUCCGAAGGAGUACGUAGAUCGCGAUUCCCGUGGCUGAUCGACUUCCACCAGGAACUCGUACGGCGAUUAAACGGACCGACGGAAGUGAUAAACGAAUGAGGGCGAUAAUACAGCCGCCGAGGACGAGUUUCCUCGUUAUUUAAAAUUUUUGAAAGUCUUUCACGUCCCGAAUUCCCCUCGUGUCUUUCAAUCGCGUUAUCUUGCAAUCGCUUCCUCUUACUAUUAGUCUCAUUCUAUUUCUACUGACAAUUAGUCUAUUAUCUAAUUGUACCUUUAAGUACAUUUACUUUUGGAUAUUUACCUCCACAUUGUUCUUUACUUUUCUCGUGUAUCGGACACGCUAAAAUCCGCAUGCAGAGAGUUCAUACGAUUUAUAUACACCUCGAUCAGCUCUCACCCAAUUCACCCUGAAAAAAAAAAAAUUCUAACAAACCCUUCAUUAAUAUAUCUUCCGAAUAAUCUUAAUUUACCACCAAUUCACCUUGUAACGACGUCCGAAAACCCCACCAAUUGUAAUUAAUCGUGAUCAUCGUUGUUGAAUGAAAUUCUUUUGUACAUAUGUAUAUAACGCUAUUACAUAUAUAUAUAUAUACACACAAAAAUAUAUAUAGAUAGGAUAUGUGUAACUGACCACAGACACUGUAAAUCACGUUACCCUUCUCUGACACACAGUGAUACACAAACACACACGAAUCUCAUCUAACAAUCCACCCCCACCUUCGCCCCCCUUCCUGCACUAUUCCACCCCCUUUUAACCCUUCGUCGAUCUUUUUUUCUUUUUUUGAUAAUUUCACUAGUAGUUCUACGUACUGUCACAUGUGUGUGUAUGUGAGUGUGCGUGCCCGUGUGUGUGCGCCCGUGUGUAUGAUUUCACGAAGAUUAAUAUUAUGUAUAUGUUGCUCUAUUUAUUAACACGAAGUAUAUAUAUGAAGAUAUAUAUAUACAUACACACAUAUAUAUAUAUAUAUUGUUAAAAUUAAAUAAUUAUUUUUUUUAUUGCCGCCGCUCGCGAGUCACAAUGGUGCAUUACGAAGGAGUGUGGAGAAAGAGCAAAAAAUAAAAAGUAGUAAAAAGAUAAAAAAAAUGAAAAAUCGAGCGAACAGCCGUACUGUACCUACAUGUUACAUAUAUGUAUAUCGCAAGAGGAUACUUUUUUACAAAUGAUAUUAUCGUAUCGUUAGGUAAAUUAAAUGUAAUUAAUCUACAUGGUGCUCCACGUGCAAUGCACGUAAAAGUAAAAGAAAGGAAAAGGAAAAAAAAAGAGAAAAACAAUCCAACUACCUGUAUUCGGUUGUUGUCGUCGUUCUAUGUGCGCGAACGCAACAAGAAUGGCGCUCCUACGAUAAUUAUUAACAAAAAUACAAGUUAACAAUGAUUCGCA